AUGCGCCAUGCCCGCCAACGCGCCGUGUUCGUUGCGCCAGCAGCAGUGGGAGAUAGCAGCACAGCAGGCGGCGUGGGAGCAGCGGAUGUGGAGCGCACCAAGGUGCUGCUGGAUAGGGAAGGCUACAAAGUGCUGGACAUCAGGGCCCCUGGGGAGUUCGAGUCCAGCCGCAUAACGAAGCCGGCCCGCUGCAGCACCAACAUUCCAUGGCAGGAGGGCCCCGCCUUUGCCGCCAAGGUGACCGCUGCGUUCCCAGGGAAGGGCACCAAGUUGCUGAUCAACAGCACAUCAGGUGGCGCCGACGCGGACGCCGCGGUGGGGGCGCUGGUGGAGGCGGGCUACACGUCUGUGGUCAAGAUGGAGGGCGGCUACGAGGCCUAUGACAGGGUCUGGAGCCCUAGCGGUAAGCGGCGGCCGCCAGCUGGCCGCUGGGUGUCGACUGGAAAGGAGGCGCUGAAGUCCGGCCUCAACAUCCCGGGCGUAGCCGAAAGUUACGACGAGGGCGGCAACCUGGUUGCUGCUCGGUGGGCCAAGGGCCUGGACAAGGGACAGGAGCUGCCCAAGUGA